ACCAUACGACAUAAUACAGUUGGCUUAAACAUUUCAAAAUAAACAUUUUAUGUUGUUCCAAAAGUGUGGACACAUACUGACUGCUUCUGUGGCUUUUAGCAAAGUAACAGCAUGGUUUUUGUAAGUAGACCUGCAGGAGAGAGAAACACAGUACAACAUAUUUAAGUUUGGGAGUGUUUUUUCAGUAAUCCCAAACACACCUCAGAAAUUUGCAAAAGCUACUUGAGAGAAAAAACCCCAAAGAAUUCUGACUGUCAUGAAGGUUCGUCCACAUGACUAACUUCCAGUUAACACUGUGGGGAGGGGAAAGCCAAACACUCUGUGACUUCCUCUUUGGAAAAUUAUUUUCACUCUCAUUGUUUAGCUCCACCCUUUUGUACUUCAGUGCUUGACACUUUUUCUUUCCGUGCUGUCCUGACCUGACUGGAGUACUGCAGUCAUAUUAUAGUCGGCUAAAUAAACAAGCUCCCUCUGGCACAGUCAUAUAUCAGCCACAGGUGGUUAUCAGUCAGACGGAGUCAGGCGGUACAGUCAAGAUGAAGUUGCUGCUUGUUGUUGCUGCUGUUCUGGCUGUAUCCAGCUGUGCCAGCAUCUCUCUGGAAGAUCUGGAGUUUCAUGCCUGGAAACUCAAGUUUGAAAAGUCAUAUGACUCUGACUCAGAGGAGGCUCACCGAAAACAAAUCUGGCUCAACAACCGCAAACUUGUUCUAGUGCACAACAUUUUGGCAGACCAGGGUUUGAAGUCCUACCGCCUUGGGAUGACCCACUUUGCUGACAUGGAAAAUGAAGAGUACAAACGACUGGUUUCCCGGGGCUGCCUUGGCUCGUUCAAUACUUCUCUGCAUCACCGCGGCUCUACCUUCCUUCGGCUACCUGAAGGUACUGAUCUACCUGACACUGUUGACUGGAGGGAUAAGGGAUACGUCACUGAUGUCCAGAAUCAGAUGCAGUGUGGCUCCUGCUGGGCCUUCAGUGCAAUUGGUGCACUGGAGGGUCAGAACUUCAGGAAGACAGGAAAGCUGGUGUCUCUGAGUAAGCAGCAGUUGGUGGACUGCUCUGGAGACUAUGGCAACCAUGGCUGCAAUGGAGGCUGGAUGGACUGGGCCUUCAAGUACAUCCAAGCAACUGGAGGAAUUGACACUGAGGCAUCCUACCCUUAUGAGGCCGAGGAAGGAAAUUGCCAUUACAACCCUGAAACUGUUGGUGCCACGUGUACCGGCUAUGUUGAUGUAAGUCCGAAUGAAGAUGCUCUGAAGGAGGCUGUGGCCACCAUCGGACCGAUAUCUAUUGCCAUGGAUGCUUCUCACGAGUCGUUUCAGUUCUACCAAUCAGGAGUGUAUGAUGAGCCUUCAUGUAUAACCUCACGGUUCAGCCAUGCUAUGCUGGCUGUGGGUUAUGGUACAGAAAAUGGACAUGACUACUGGCUUGUCAAGAACAGCUUCGGCCUUGGUUGGGGAGAGAAAGGAUACAUAAAGAUGAGCAGGAACAAAUCCAACCAGUGUGGGAUUGCUUCUAAAGCAAGCUACCCUCUAGUCUGAAGAGGUUGGAAGAAACUCAUCCUCAUUUUUUUUUCUGAUUUGACAGAAAUUUAUUUCAGUGUUUUUAACUGGGUUAUGUAACUAAAAAUCAUUUUAUUUGUGGUGUUAAGAAGCUCUCUUUUCCUGCAACUGUGCUAAUAAAUUUAUAAAUACUGUAAAUACAUGCAAAAAUAAAUCAACUUUGAAACUGUG